AUGAAGACUUACACCUUCAUUGCCGCCAUUGGUGCUCUCUCUAGAGUAUCCGUCGCCAGAGAGCUGGAGCCUAGUGCCGAGUUAUCGGCAUGGUAUGACACUGGUGCGGCGCAUCAAGAGAGCAUGGGGCACAAGAUCGCUCAAUGGGAACAAUCCGAGGCCGAAGGAAAGUUCGACUCGACUCAGUGGACGGGCCGUGUCAAGGACUAUCUCGCGUGCAAGAAUGGCAAGGUAGAGCUCGUCAAGGGCGACCCUCUUCAGACGUUUAGAUGCAAAGAUCUCGACCUUUAUGACUUCCAACCUCACGCAGCCUUUGGCAACUCCACUGGUAGAGGUUCCGGAUCGUGGGGAUGGACGUCACCCAACGGCCGAGAGUUUUUCGCGAUUGGACAGCUCGACGGUACCGCCUUUGCGGAGAUCUCCAAGAAGGGUAAGCUGGUCUACCUCGGAACGCUGCCGUACUUCUCGGAGCCAAGCAGAUGGCGCGAGAUCAAGACGUACAAGAACUAUCUUGUCGUUGGUAGUGAGGCCCCUGGUCAUGGGAUCCAGUUUUUUGACUUGCGCAAGCUCCUCGACAUUGACCCCAAGAACCCUGUUGUCUUCUCCAACGAGAAAGACUUGACGGCUCACUGGAUUGAAGCUCUGCCUCUCGGUCGCAGCCAUAAUGUGGUUGUCAAUGAGGAAAAGGGGUACGCUGUUGCCGUCGGUGCUCAGCCCCGUCGCAAUCUGCCGUGUGACUCGGGGCUGCAGUUCCUCGAUCUUGCCGACAUCAACAACCCGCUGUACCUGGGAUGCGCUGCUGGCGACGGCUAUGUUCACGACGCGCAGUGCAUCGUGUACCGCGGACCUGACGUCAAGUACUGGGGUCGCGACAUCUGCUACGGCUACAACGAGGAUACCUUGACUAUCUACGAUGUGACCCACAAGAACAGCACCAGCAUCAUUUCUCGUACUACCUACGAGGGAGCCACCUAUACGCAUCAAGGCUGGGUCAUUGAUCCCAACUGGCAGGACUUUUUGGUGCUGGACGAUGAGAUUGACGAGCGCAAUAAGACAGGCCCGGCCGCUGACGGCUUUCCCGUGACCUACUUCUGGGAUAUCAGAUCCCUCGAGAAGCCCAAAAACUCUGGCAUCUUCAAGGGCACCGUCCGCAGUGUCGACCAUAACCAAUUCAUCCACCGCGGUCUAUCGUACCAGAGCAAUUACGGUGCGGGACUACGCAUCUUGGACAUCUCGUCCAUUCGGUGGGAUCCCACAGCCAAGAACGUCAAGGAGAUUGCCUACUUUGACAUCUUCCCGGAAGACGACAAUGAGCCUGGCGGUGGAGCAAACAACUACACUGGUACCUGGAGCCACUACCCUUACUUCAAGAGCGGUUACAUUGUUAUCAACACCAUUGAGCGCGGCGUUUGGGUUGUGAAACGAUCCAACCCGUGGUGGUGGCCUUGGUAA